GCAUUGUGGGUUAGCCAGUAUUGUCUCCGGCAACAGACAAAUGUACAAUACAUAUUGUUGUCAUCAAUGCUUACGUUGAUAAAUAUUUAAAUAAGCCAUUAAAUAUUCUUUACAUUUGAUUGAAUGGACCUUAGAUGUCUUAUUUUUUAGGUAUCACUUUGAUGAUCUAGCCAAGAGCUAAAAUGGCAAUACAAUGGCAACAGUUUCAUACGCUCGAACUGAUUUAUUCCUCAACUUCAAUGGACCCAUUCUAGCCAGAACAGCAGAGUCACUUGAACAUGGCGGAAGUUGGGAAGUUUGAACCAGAGCAGGACAUUGCGAAGAAGAUUGAGGAGACGAGACAGAAGUUCAACAAUGAGUACGUCCAAGGACAAGAAUCUGACAAAUAUGACUCCAGAGAUGUGGACAGGCUACAAAAGGAUGAUGCUCUGGUGGAGGCAUACCUGACAUGGCGACUAUACUCUGUGAACGAUGCCCUGAAGAUGAUUGAUGACAGUUUCCUGUGGAGGAAAGAAUUUAGUUUGAAUGAUCUCACUGAGAGCAGCAUUCCAAAGUGGAUGUUUGAGACGGGGGCUGUCUUCCUCCACGGCUACGACAAGGAAGGCAACAAGCUCUUCUGGUUCAAAGUCAAGCUCCAUACCAAGGAUGCAAAGACCAGCAUGGAUAAGAAGAAGUAUGUUGCCUUCUGGCUGGAGCGCUAUGCUAAGAGAGAGCCAGGGAUGCCACUCACUGUUGUGUUUGACAUGGCCGAUUCAGGGAUCAGCAAUAUCGACAUGGAUUUUGUGAAGUAUGUAAUUAAUUGCUUCAAAGUGUAUUAUCCAAAGUUUCUAUCCAAAAUGAUCAUUGUCGACAUGCCAUGGAUCUUGAAUGCGGCAUGGAAGAUUGUGAGGACGUGGUUGGGUCCAGAAGCCAUCAGCAAGCUCAAGUUUGCAUCUAAAAAUGAGAUCCAAACAUUUAUUGGCCCUGAAUACCUGCCUCCUCACAUGGGUGGAACGGAUCCCUUCAGAUACAGCUAUCCUCCCCUUCCCGAUGAUAACUUCCAAACGGCAGUAUGUGAGAACGGACCAAUCGUCAGCGAGGACGACAACGAGAACAAGGACUUCGAAUCAGACAGCAAGGAGUUAGAGUCGAGCUUCAGCUCCGAGGUCGCCAUCGAGCCCAAAAAGGUGUAUUUCUCAGAGGAGAGCCUGAGCAGUCUGAAACUGGACGACAACGACAAAGGAGACAGCCGGCCGAAGGGAGCCAGGAUGCCACUGACCACAUUCAAGGCCCCUCUGCUACACGUCAGUCCAGCAGAGGAGCUGAGCUUUGGGUCCAAAGAGUCAGACAGGAAGUGUCUUAUCAUCCUCGAUAAUGUGUCCAAGAAUCAUGUGGCCUUCAAGGUACGAACCACAGCACCUGAGAAGUACAGAGUGAAGCCCAGCAACAGCUGCUGUGAUUCGGGCGCUUCUGUGGAUAUAGUGGUGUCCUUACAUGGAGGCUACCAGGCAUCUCUGCAGGACCGCUUCCUAGUUAUGGCUGCAGAGAUGGAGCAGAACGCUGGUGCUGGAUCACCAGAGCUCGUUCACUUCUGGAAGGACGUGCCCAAAACCAAGAUCAUGGAGCACAGGUUACGAUGUCACAUCCUGGAGAGCACUAAGCCCAUCCUGACCUGUGGAAGUGACAGCCCAAUUGAAGGAGGAGCCAAUGGCCACCCGGACCUGCACACGACGCUGAUGCGUGUGAUGGUGUGUAACGCCCGGCUGGAGCAGAAGCUGGACCAGUAUCUGUGGGUCCAGCAGGUUCUGAUUGGUCUGGUGCUUGUUGUCAUGAUGUUCACCUUCCUGUGUCUCUACAACCUUCCUGGGACUUCCUGACCUGACAACAUGGUCUACCUCCUCCUCCCAUCUAACAUAGAGACUACAGCAGCUGAAGGCUUAACCAACAGGAAGAGGGCUGGUGUUGGACUCAGUUCUCUACAAGAGCUGUCGUCAUGGAGAUGGAGGGCUGCUCUGUUCCGUAGCAGUGAGCUUGUGGAGUUGCCCAGAGAGAUUCCUCAUAGUUUCCUGGGUGUUGUGAGAGGUACCGUACCUAAAGAGUCUCGACACUGUGAAAUUAAAUCAAUAAUGUAUUUUUACUACUGAUCAUGGAAUUAUACAGAGCCUUCAGAAAGUAUUCAUACCCCUUGACUUAUUCCACAUUUUUUUGUAUUACAUCCUAAAUUCAAAAUGGAUUAAAACAUACAUCAUUCUCACCCAUCUACACACAAUAGCCCAUAAUGGCAAAGUGAAAACAUGUUUUUAGAAUUUUUUGCACAUUCAUUGUAAAUUAAAUACAGCAAUAUAUAAUUAUGUAAGUAUUCACACCCCUGAGUCAAUACUUUUAGAUGCACCUUUGGCAGCUAUUACAGCUGUGAGUCUUUCUGGGUAAGUCUCAAGCUUUCCAUACCUGGAUUUUACAACAUUUGCUCAUUUAUUAUUUUAAAUAUCCUUUAAGCAAUGUCAACUUGGUUGUUGAUCAUUGCUAGACAACCAUUUUCAGUUCUUGACAUACAUUUUGAAUUAGAUUUAAGUCAUUACUGGAACAACUCAGUCUUCACUGUCUUCUUGGUAAGCAACUCCAGUGUAGAUAUGGCCUUGUGUUUUAGGUUAUUUUCCUGCUGAAAGGUGAAUUCAUAUCCCAGUGUCUGGUGGAAACCAGACUGAACCAAGAUUUAUUCUAGGAUAUUACCUGUGGUAAUAUCCUACUUACGUUUAUUUUUUAUCCUGAAACUCCCCGGCCCUAACAAUUACAAGCGUACCCGUAACAAGCGUACCCAUAACAUGAAGCAGUCACCACUAUGCUUGAAAAUAUAGAGAGUGGUACUCAGUAAUGUGUUGUAUUGGAUUUGCCCCAAACCAAACACUUUUUAUUCAGGACAAAAAGUGAAUUGCUUUACCACAUUCUUUUCAGUAUUACUUUAGUGCCUUGUUGCAAACAAGAUGCAUGUUUUGGAAUAUUUUUUAUUCUGUACAGGCUUCCUUCUUUUCACUCUGUCAAUUAGGUUAGUAUUGUGAAGUAACUACAAUAUGGUUGAACCAUCCUCAGUUUUAUCCUAUCACAGCCAUUAAACUCUGUAACUGUUUUAAAGUCGCUAUUGGCGUCAUGGUGAAAUUCCUGAGCGGUUUCCUUCCUCUCCGGCAACUGAGUUAAGAAGGACGCCUGUAUCAAAGUGCAAUUAAUAACUAUAACACCAAUGGUCAAUGGGAUAUUAAAAAAUGUCUGCUUAUUAUGUUUUCGGUGCCUUUCUUUGCGAGGCAUUGGUAAACCUUCUUGGUCUUUGUGGUUGAAUCUGUGUUGGAAAUUCACUGCUCGACUGAUGGACCUUACAAUUUUUUGUAUGUGUGGGGUACAGAGAAGAGGUCAUCAUACAAACAUAAUGUUAAACACUAUUAUUGCACACAGAGUUUUUCACCUUUAUUUAACCAGGUAGGCUAGUUGAGAACAAGUUCUCAUUUGCAACUGCGACCUGGCCAAGAUAAAGCAUAGCAAUUCGACAACAACACAGAAUUACCCAUGGAAUAAACAAAACAUAGUCAAUAAUACAGUAGAACAAAAGAAAACAAAAAGUCUAUAUACUGUGAGUGCAAAUGAGGUAAGUUAAGGGAGUUAAGGCAAUAAAUAGGCCAUGGUGGAGAAGUAAUUACAAUAUAGCAAUUAAACAGUGGAAUGGUAGAUGUACAGAAAAUGAAUGUGCAAGUAGAGAUACUGGGGUGCAAAGGAGCAAGAUAAAUAAAUACUGUAUGGGGAUGAGGUAGGGAGAUAGAUGGGCUGUUUACGGAUGGGCUAUGUACAGGUGCAGUGAUCUGUGAGCUGCUCUGACAGCUGGUGCUUAAAGCUAGUGAGGGACAUAUGAGUCUCCAGCUUCAGAGAUUUUUGCAGUUCGUUCCAGUCAUUGACAGCAGAGAACUGGAAGGAAAGAAGACCAAAGAGGAAUUGGCUUUGGGGGUGACCAGUGAGAUAUACUUGCUGGAGCGCGUGCCUCGAGUGGGUGCUGCUAUGGUGACCAGUGCGCUGAGAUAAGGCGGGGCUUUACCUAGCAGAGACUUGUAGAUAACCUGUAGCCAGUGGGUUUGGCGACGAGUAUGAAGCGAGGGCCAACCAACAAGAGCGUACAGGUCGCAAUGGUGGGUAGUGUAUGGGCUUUGGUGACAAAACGGAUGGCACUGUGAUAGACUGCAUCCAGUUUGUUGAGGAGAGUGUUGGAGGCUAUUUUAUGGAUGACAUCACCGAAGUCGAGGAUCGGUAGGAUGGUCAGUUUUACGAGGGUAUGUUUGGCAGCAUGGGUGAAGGAUGCUUUGUUGCGAAAUAGGAACCCAAUUCUAGAUUUAAUUUUGGAUUGGAGAUGCUUAAUGUGAGUCUGGAAGGAGUUUACAGUCUAGCCUAGGCAUUUGUAGGUAUUUGUAGUUCUAAGUCAGAGCCGUCCAGAGUAGUGAUGCUGGACGGGCGAGCAGGUGCGGGCAGUGAUCGAUUGAAUAGCAUGCAUUUAGUUCUCCCUGCGUUUAAAAGCAGUUUGAGGCCACGGAAGGAGAGUUGUAUGGCAUUGAAGUUCAUCUGGAGGUUAGUUAACACAGUGUCCAAAGAGGAGCCAGCAGUAUACAGAAUGGUGUCAUCUGCAUAGUAGUGUACCAGAGAAUCACCAGCAGCAAGAGCAACAUCAUUGAUGUAUACAGAGAAGAGAUUCGGCCUGAGGAUUGAACCCUGUGGCAUCCCAAUAGAGACUGCCAGAGGUCCGGACAACAGGCCCUCCGAUUUGACAUACUGAACUCUAUCAGAGAAGUAGUUGGUAAACCAGGCGAGGCAAUCAUUUGAGAAACCAAGGCUGUCGAAUAUUCCAAUAAGAAUGUGGUGAUUGACAGAGUCGAAAGCCUUGGCCAGGUCAAUGAAUACAGCUGCACAGUAAUGUCUCUUAUCGAUGGCGGUUAUGAUGUCGUUUAGGACCUUGAGCGUGGCUGAGGCACCCAUGAUCAGCUCUGAAAGCAAAUUGCAUAGCGGAGAAGGCAGGGUGUGAUUCGAAAUGGUCGGUAAUCUGUUUGUUAACUUGGAUUUCGAAGACCUUAGAAAGACAGGGUAGGAUAGAUAUCGGUCUGUAGCAGUUUUGGUCUAGAGUGUCACCCCCUUUGAAGAGGGGGAUGACUGCUGCAGCUUUCCAAUCUUUGGGAAUCUCAGACGAUACGAAAGAGAGGUUGAACAGGCUAGUAAUAGGGGUUGCAACAAUUUCUGCAGAUAAUUUUAGAAAAAGAGGGUCAAGAUUGUCUAGCCUGGCUGAUUUGUAGGUGUCCAGAAUUUGCAGCUCUUUCAGAACAUCAGCUAUCUGGAUUUGGGUAAUGGAGAAAUGGUGGGGGCUUUGGCGGGUUGCUGUGGAGGGUGCCUGGCAGUUGACCGGGGUUGGGGUAUCCAGGUGGAAAGCAUGGCCAGCCGAAGAGAAAUGCUUAUUGAAAUUCUCGAUUAUAGUGGAUUUAUCGGUGGUGACAGUGUUUCCUAGCCUCAGUGCAGUGGGCAGCUGGGAGUAGGUGCUCUUAUUCUCCAUGGACUUUACAGUGUCCCAUAACUUUUUUGAGUUAGUAAUACAGGAUGCAAAUUUAUGUUUGAAAAAGAUAGCCUUAGCUUUCCUAACUGCCUGUAUAUAUUUGUUCCUAACUUCCCUGAAAAGUUGCAUAUCACGGGGGCUAUUCGAUGCUAAUGCAGAACGCCACAGGAUGUUUUUGUGUUGGUCAAGGGGCAGACAGGUCUGGAGUGAACCUAUAUAUAGUCUAUUCCUAGUUCUACAUUUUUUGAAUGGGGCAUGCUUAUUUAAGAUUGCCAGACAUCAUCUACUGACGGGAUGAGGUCAAUGUCAUUCCAGGAUACCCCGGCCAGGUCAAUUAGAAAGGCCUGCUCGCUUAAGUGUUUUAGGGAGAGUUUGCCAAUGAUGAGGGGUGGUCGUUUGGUCGCAGACCCAUUACGGAUGUAGGCAAUGAGGCAGUGAUCGCUGAGAUCUUGAUUGAAAACAGCAGAGGUUUAUUUGUAGGGCGAGUUAGUUAGGAUGACAUCUAUGAGGGUGCCCGUGUUUACAGAUUUAGAGUUGUAACUGGUAGGUUCAUUGAUAAUUUGUGUGAGAUUGAGGGCAUCAAGCUUGGAUUGUAGAAGGAGGUCUAUAGCAAGCGGCAACAGUGAGAGACUUGUUUCUGGAAAGGUGCAUUUUUAGAAGUAGAAGCUCUAAUUGUUUGGGUACAGACUUGGAUAGUAAUACAGAACUCUGCAGGCUAUCUUUGCAGUAGAUUGCAACACCGCCCCCUUUAGCAGUUCUAUCUUGGUGGAAAAUGUUAUAGUUAGCGAUGGAGAUUUCAAGGUAUUUGGUGGUUUUCCUAAGCCAGGAUUCAGACACGGCUAAGACAUCCGGGUUGGCAGAGUGUGGUAAAGCAGUGAGUAAAACAAACUUAGGGAGGAGGCUUCUAAUGUUAACAUGCAUGAAACAAAGGCUUUUACAGUUACAGAAGUCAACAAAUCAGAGCACCUGGGGAGUAGGAGUGGAGCUAGGUUUGCCAUACAAAGUGGUUGAAUACUUAUUGAGUCAAGACUUUUCAUCUUUACAUUUUUUAUUAAUUUGUAAAAACAUAAUUCCGCUUUGUCAUAAUGGGGUAUUGUGUGUAGGCCAGUGAUAAAAUUCAUGAAAUGUAUUUUUUUUAUUAAUGUUGUAAUACAACAUUUGGAUAAAGUCAAGGGGUGUGAAUACUUUCUGCAGGUAUUGUAUAUGAGGUCUAUUUAUGUCAAUAUGUAACAUGACGUAGAAGAUUUAGUUGUUCAUUUUUCUGAUCCUAAUGUACAUUUCAUUUGAAAUAUAUGAACAUAUCAUGUUUAAGAAUGAACUUUUUGUGAACAAAUUUGUUUUUGUUUAAACAAAUAGCAUUUUCCUUUUGUUGAACAUGACUGUUGUAUUGAUGGGUUGUAUCUGAAAAUGGAAAAAUAGGGUUGUUUCUAAAUGUGUACAGUGCAAUGGUAGAAUAUUAUGAGAGGGUCAUGUAGAGUUAUACCAAAUAUUUGAAAGGCUGUGUGUGCUGGCAUGAACAAGGCACCACCAACAUGAGCACAGCUCUAUCCUGAUACAGUAGAUAACUAUUUCACUCCUGAAGCAGGCCUGAAACCUCUUUUGUCUCUUAACCCUUAUUUUACAUUAACAGUCUCACUGUGUCCAUGAAGCAGCCCCACCCCCCCUCUUCAAUAAAAGCCUCAUCGGUGCAGUGGUGCCUAAUUGAAAACAGCAGCGUGCAUGACCUCUCCCCACUUACCCAUGGAGAGCCCAGGGAGAUCUCUGUCUGUGCUAUCUCCCUCUAUUUGUUUUAAUUACCCUAUGCUGGCAACCUAAAAAUACCAAGCAAUUACUGUUGAGGAUGAGGAGAUGUCAGAACUCACUCACGGGGCUCAGUGGGAAGGCUGGGUAUCUAUAACAAGAUCCAGUGCAGAGCAAUCAACCACAGAGCCAAUGCACCACUUAUAAUAACACGCUGACUUACACCAAGGCUAGUUUGUUCUGCUGUUGGUGUCUGAUUUGCCUUUUGUCCCCUCAAAGCGAUGUGCUGUCUGGUGGUUAUAUGUUUGAUCUGUCAUUGAACUCAAAUCAAAUCCAAUUUUAUUUGUCACAUGCGCCGAAUACAACAGGUGUAAUAGACCUUACAGUGAAAUGCUUACGUACAACCCCUUCACCAACAAUGCAGUUUUAAGAAAAGAAAGAGUUAAGAAAAUAUUUACUAAAUACAUUUGUGUAAAAAAAAGUUACAAGAAAAUAAAAAUGGGGCUAUAUUAUUUCA